AUGUCGACUGACGCAUGGAGGGUUAUAGAUGCCUGGAUUAUCUUCUGCAGUCUUCUUGCUUUUCCCAUCCUGUAUCCCUAUGGCAAUUUGACUGCUGUGGAUGCCAUCUUCUUCGGUUGCAGCGGCUCGACUGAGUCCGGUCUGAACACUGUCGACGUCAAAGAUCUUGAGACGUACCAACAGGUUUUCCUCUACGUGAUUCCCAUCAUCACGAACCUCAUGUUCAUCAACGCCAUGGUCGUCCCCAUAAGAAUAUACUGGUUCCGCCGGUACUUAAAGGAAGUCGGCCUGAAGCGGGCCGCGCACCGUGCCCGCGAUGAUGUCGAAGGCGCCGUGGAUCGGUCUCUGGGUGACGUGAACGCCAGGAACGCAGGUAGGGACGAUGACACGGAAACAAAAAGCACCCCCGCCUUGCACUCCAACCAAUCUACAGUCGCCCACAGGGUUAACAGAUCAGCGAGACCGCCUACGAUCACGUUUGACAACGAAGACCCCAAGGAACAGCGCUUGCGUUUGGAGGACAAGACUACACUGCGCAUCCCGUCGCCGCAGGAGUCUGACAAUGGUUAG